AUGAAUUGUGACAAGGUCUACUUUUACACAGACAACCAGAGUGUCUCCCUGCAGCCCCAAGGGCUGGACUCUGCGGCAGGGGCUCCUGCAGCCCCCAGACGAAUAAGGCUUUUUCAGACCACCCUGGCGGUUAUGGCUGUGACUGUUGCCUCCUUGCUGGUGGUUCUCUUUGUUAUGGUUUUACAGAAGCCAAGACCUCCAUCGGAGCCAUAUGACUCUUCCCAAGAAUUUUCAGCCAUGAGUGCCAGAGAGGACAACACAACCCAGCAGUUACCUGUGGAACCCUACGGUGAGUAGCCACAGGGAGGAGGGGUGGGGGUGGCAGAGUGGCAAGAGACUAUCCAGAUGUUUAAAAGCCAUGUGGAGAAUUCCAGCACUUGGAGCAUGGAAAUGCAGAUGUUGACUUGUAGAGUGGACAGUGUCAGUUCUCAGAUCCAGGUGCUCCAUGGUCAUCUGGAAAAUGCCAGUGCUGACAUCCAGAUGGUAAAAGGCGUUCUACAGGAUGCCAGUACCUUGAAUUUCCAGAUCCAGAUGUUAAGAAGUUCUGUGGAAGUUGCCAGUGCUGAGACCCAGAAGCUGAAAGGAGAUCUGGAAAAGGCAAAUGUUUUAAAUUCCGAGACCCACAGUUUCUUAAGAAGCGGUUUAAAAAAUGCCAGCAAUGAUCUCCACAUGUUGACCGGAGGCUUAGAAAAUGCCAACACUGAAAUUCAGAUAUUGAAGGCAGGGUUGGAAAUGGCCGGUGCCCAGGCCCAGUUGGCAAACAGUAGCUUAAAGAAUGCUAAUGCUCAGAUCCAUGUUUUGAGAGGCCAACUGGAUAGUGUCCAUGAUUUAAGGGCCCAGCAUCAGGUUUUAAGAAGCAGUUUGGAAGGAGCCAAUGCUGAGAUCCAGAGGGUAAAGGAAAGCCUGCAAAAUGCAAAUGCUUUAAACUCUCAGACCCAAACUUUUCUGAAAGGCCAUUUAGACAACACCAGCUCUGAGAUCCAGUUACUAAGGGGCCAUUUCAAAAGGGCUGGUGAUGAGAUUCACUUGUUAAAAAGAGAUUUAGAAACUGUCACUGCCCAGACCCAAGAAGCAAGCCACCAUCUGGAGCAGACAGAUUCUCAGAUCCAGUUAUUAAAAACAGAGCUAGAAAAUGUCAAUGCCUUAGAUUCCAAGAUUCAGGUGUUAAAUGGUUAUUUGAAAAAUGCCAGCAGGGAGAUACGGACACUAAAACAAGGAAUGAAGCCUACUGGUGCCUUAGAUUCCAAGACUCAGGUAUUAGAGAGCAAUCUGCAGAAGGCCAGUGCUGAGAUCCAGAGGCUAAAAGAGGAUCUGCAGAACACCAAAACGCUAACUACGAGAAUCCAGGAGGAGCAGAGUCACCUGGAGACACUCUGUGUGGCCUUUGGCUCCCAGGAGCAGCUACAGAAGACACAAAAUCAACUUCUUCAGCUGAUCCUGCAAGGCUGGAAUGCCUACAGCGGGAACUUGUAUUACUUUUCUCACAUCAAGAAGUCUUGGCAUGAGGCUGAGCAGUUCUGUGUGUCCCAAGGAGCCCACCUGACUUCAGUGACUUCUGAGGAGGAGCAGGCAUUUCUGGUAAAGUUCACGAGUACCUCUUACCACUGGAUUGGCCUCACUGACAGCGGCAAGGAAGGCUACUGGCACUGGGUGGAUGGGACACCAUUCAAUUCUUUCCAGAGCAAAGGGUUUUGGGGCACGAAUCAGCCAGACAACUGGCGGCACUGGGACGGGCAGACGGAAGACUGUGUCCACGUUGAGCAGAAAUGGAAUGACAUGCACUGUGACACCCCCUAUCAAUGGGUCUGUAAGAAGCCCAUCAGCCAGCAUGUGGCCUGACACAGGCCAGAUCUGAGAGUUUGCCACUACUGCCAGCUCUGGACCUUCCCCACCUGAUGCCUUGUGAACGUCUGAACCCAGCUUGUUCCCUGGGGCUUUCCAUUUGGCCGUUUGUGUUUCCUGCUCUGUCCUUUCAUUUAACCCUUGGAACAUAUUUACCCCAUGUGGCCCAUUGGGAUCAAGGGCUCUUCAGGGCCAGAGGCUUGCUGUGCCUUUGUAUCCCUUCAGUCACCAGCACAGACCUGCCAGGCUGUGGGUCCCCAAUAAAUACUGAUCACACAAAA